AUGUUAGCCAGGGUUUGGAAGGGAAAAGAUGUGCGGCUAGGGCGCGUGUUUUUCUUUUGGCAGAAACAUCACAUCGAUAAUGAAAAGUUUGGUCACAUUCCUGCUCUCUCUCUCUAUCUAUCGUCAAGGAGAACAUACUGCUACACUACCUUACCACCGGGGGGGGGCCUUGCCUGCCCGGAAUGA